AUGCUGUGGGAACAACGGUCGGGAUCGGAGGAUCAGAUGCCUCUUGAAAUUACCACCACUUCACCACGCAUCUGCAUCGUCGGAGGCACUUGUGCCCGUUCCACCGGCUACAGUGGUCACGCGAUUCCAAUCCGCCGUUUACCUUACUACCCUCUCCUCCUCCUCCUCCCUCUCAACGUCAACAGCUUUCGCUCCAUCUUGCUCGUCAUCAGCGUCCCCGAUAGUUGGGUGGAUGAUUCUUCGUCAAUGUGUGCGUCCACACUGAAUUACUACGCUCUCCUCCCCCUCCUUCUUUUCGACGUCGAUGCACUUCAUUCCAUCUUGCUCGUCCCCGAUCAGACCCUAUUGGACGAUCUCGAGGUCAGGUCAGUAUCGUCGUUUAACCCGCACAUCAACAAGAUGACUUACUAG